AUGUUCAAUUAUAUCGCAAUGAAUGAAUAACGAGUGCGUGAAGGUGUACAAAAAUUUGAACCAGCUGUUGGUGCAAGAAAAUAUAUAGAUUAAGAAUAUCAACAUGCUUUAGAAUCAUUUAAUACUCGAAUUUAUGAAAUAAAUUAUACAAUAAUAACAUUACUUAUUAUUGUACAGAAUAAAAAUCUGAAUGCGCCAGAAUAUGUUCUAUAAGCAAAUGUUUUUGUAGUCAUCUCUUUAGUAUUGUUUUUUAAAAUAUAUUUAUUAAGAUCUUUUACUUUUUAAAUAUUAACUACAAUAACAUAAACAGUUACUAGGCAAAAAAUUUAAUACUGGUUGUGAA